CCGCACUAUGCUGCCCGGCGCCGGGGCGGCUCACGCCGGCGCGUACUGGGACGUGGUGGCUUCCUCCGCGCUCCUCAACCUGCCCGCGGCGCCCGGCUUUGGCAACCUGGGCAAGAGUUUCCUGAUCGAGAACCUGCUGCGGGUCGGAGGCUCCCCGACGCACGGGCUGCAGCCGCCCCCGCCCCCGCCCCACGGUCGGGCGGCCGCCGCAGCCUCCUCGGCCGCCGCCGGCGCGCAGCCCCGGGCCCUGCCCGCCAGCCCGGUUCCCCUCAAGCUGUGCCCUGCGGCGGGACAAGUCAGCUCCGCCGGGGCGCCCUACGGCACGCGAUGGGCUUUUCAAGUGCUCGGCCCCUCCGCGGACGGCGCGAGGCUGCCGGGCCGGGCGCCGGGGGACCGAGACUGUGCCUUCCAGCCUUCAGCCCCAGCACCUUCCAAGCCUUUUCUUCUGAGCGCCCCGCCAUUCUACUCGGCAUGUUGUGGUGGGUCCUGUCGGCGCCCUGUGUCCUCCGCUGCUUUCCCAAGAGAAGAGAGCGUGUUGCCUCUCUUGACACAGGACUCUAAUUCCAAAGCUCGGAGGGGCAUUUUAAGAAGAGCUGUCUUUUCUGAGGACCAGAGAAAGGCUCUGGAGAAAAUGUUUCAGAAGCAGAAGUAUAUCAGCAAAACAGACCGAAAGAAACUUGCCAUCAACUUGGGACUAAAGGAAUCACAGGUGAAAAUUUGGUUUCAGAACAGAAGGAUGAAAUGGCGGAAUUCCAAAGAAAAGGAAGUGCUCUCUAACAGGUGUAUCCAAGAAGUGGGCCUUCAAGAGGAUCCUCUCUCACGAUCCGCUCUGGGUUUCCCUUCUCCAUGUCCUUCGAUGUGGGAAGUCCCCCAGCCACACUCAAGUCCAAGAUGGAGGGAGAAUUCUCCAGAACCUUCAGAAAGACUAAUCCAGGAGAGUUCAGGGGCACCACCCCCAGAAGGAAAUUCACUGCAAGGUGCCUUGUAUUUAUGUUCUGAAGAAGAAGCUGGAGGCAAGGGUGUACUUACUGGGGCCAUCUAAAUGGAAGCAUUCCAUGUUAAUUUAAAAGAAUACUUAACUAAUAACAUUUGGACUCCAAAGCCAGCUAGCACGUGCCUCAUCAGUGCCUAAAACCUAACACCUUUGGAUUGUUGCAUAAACUAAUGCUUUAGGAAACCCACUCCAUGUUCUUAUUUGGCCUUAGAUUCAGCUUAAUUUGUAAGUGGAAUAGAAUCUCCCAGGAAUUAUGAUGGAACUGAAAAGAGUAAGAGCAACAGCUAGCUCAGUCACUGCUCUCUGAGUAUGUGUAUAUGUGCAUGUGUCUCUAUGUGUGUAUAUAUAUAAAUAUUCAUUAAAAUACAUUCAUAGAAA